CUUUUUCAAGGCACUGUACACUAUAUUGCCAGAAGUAUUGGGACAACCCUCCAAAUCAUUGGAUUCAGGUGUUCCAAUCACCUUCAUGGCCACCUAGGCAUGCAGACUGUUUCUACAAACAUUUGUGAAAGAACGGAUCGCUCUCAGGAGCUCAGUGAAUUCAAGCGUGGUACUGUGAUAGGUUGCCACCUGUGCAAUAAGUCCAUCCAUGAAAUUUCCUUGCUACUAAAUAUUCCACGGUCAACUGUUAGUGGUACUAUAGCAAAGUGGAAGCAACUGGGAACAUCAGCAACUCAGCCAUGAAGUGGUAGGCCACGUAUAAUGACAAAGCGGGGUCAGCGCAUGCUGUAGCGCACAGUGUGCAGAAGUCGCCAGCUGUCUGCAGAGUCAAUAG